CCAGCAGGUGGCGGUAAUGAGACAUUUCGUGUUCCCUCCGUCAGUAGCAGAAGCAGAAGAAGCAGACAGGAAGUGGCCGGUACUCCCCCGCCUCGCUCCGGUAGGUCAGCUGACCGUCAGCCGGUCUGCUGUCAACCUGCUGGUUCUCCGCACCGUGACCCGGACAACAGCACCGAGGCCCCGCGUCUCUGUGGCCCCGCCGCCGGAGCUCCUGACCCGGACACUCCCGCAGUUAGCUCCUCGCUGUCAGCUGCGGAUCUUCGGCCUGAACCGAGCCGAGCUCCCGGUAGCCCGGACCCCGGCCCCGGUACCCAGGGCUCGUCUCCCCCGGCUCCCCGGUUCCCCAGCCCCGGUUCCCCGGUCCCCCGGCUCCCCGGCCCCGGCAUGGCUCUGCUGGAGCUCGCCAUGCAGGGUCUGGCCGUGUUCGGCUUCAUCCUGUUCGGCGUGCUGUGGAUGAUGCACCUCAUGUCCAUCAUCUAUGUGCGGCUCCACCUCCACAAGAAGAGGUCAGAGGUCAAGCAGCCGUUCCUCCAGAUGUUGGGAGUUUCUCUCCUGAAGCCGCUGAAGGGCGUCGACCCCAACCUGAUCUCCAACCUGGAGACCUUCUUCACCCUGGACUACCCCAAGUACGAGGUGCUGCUGUGCGUUCAGGAUCAGGACGAUCCGGCCGUCGACGUCUGUAAGAAACUCCUCGGGAAGUACCCCAACGUGGACGCCCGACUGUUCAUAGGCGGGAAGAAAGUUGGAAUCAACCCGAAGAUCAACAACCUGAUGCCCGGAUACGAAGGAGCGAAGUACGGGCUGGUGUGGAUCUGUGACAGCGGCAUCAGAGUGAAACCAGACACCCUGACAGAUCUGACCAAUCAGAUGACAGAGAAGGUGGGAUUGGUCCACGGCUUGCCGUACGUCGCCGACCGUCAGGGCUUCGCCGCUACGCUGGAACAGGUGUACUUCGGGACUUCCCAUCCUCGCUCCUACAUCUCCGCUAACGUGACGGGGAUAAAGUGCGUGACCGGGAUGUCGUGUCUGAUGAGGAAGGACGUGCUGGAUCAGGCCGGCGGAUUGGUCGCCUUCGCCCAGUACAUCGCCGAGGACUACUUCAUGGCUAAAGCUAUCGCUGACAGAGGGUGGAAGUUCUCCAUGGCAACGCAGGUCGCUCUGCAGAACUCGGGCUCGUACUCCAUUGGUCAGUUCCAGUCUCGGAUGAUCAGGUGGACCAAGCUGAGGAUCAACAUGCUUCCUGGAACCGUGUUGGAGCCGGUCUCUGAGUGUUUCCUGGCGAGCCUCAUCAUUGGCUGGGCAGCGCAUCAUGUGUUCAGGUGGGACAUGAUGGUGUUCUUCAUGUGUCACUGUCUGGCCUGGUUUCUAUCAGACUACAUCCAGCUGACCGGAGUCCAGGGCGGGCCGCUGUGCUUCUCUAAGCUGGACUUCGCGGUGGCGUGGUUCAUCAGGGAGUCGAUGGCGGUGCAGAUCUUCCUGUCGGCGCUGUGGGACCCGACCAUCAGCUGGAGGACCGGCCGCUACCGGCUGCGCUGCGGCGGCACCGCGGAGGAGAUCCUCGACGUCUAGUUACCGCGGCAACCGCCCGCACCUUCCUCUCCAUCCUCCUCAUCCUCGUCGUCCUCCCGUCAACGAACGGAGAGGAUCGCAGAGAGACUCACGAUGUUUCUGUUUUAUAUGAGAACAAGUGGUGUGUGUGUGUGUGUGUGUGUGUGUGUGUGUGUGUGUGUGUGUGUGUGUGUGUGUGUGUGUGUGUGUGUGUGUGUGUGUGUGUGUGUGUGUGUGUGUGUGACUAUUUAUGUUUCUUUUUUGGUGCUAAAACUAAACGAUGCCAGAAGAAGGUCGGAGUGAGAGAUCGCACUGAACCGUCGGAUCUUUGAUCGGAGCCGAUAACUCCCGCCUCUCAGACAGGAAUCAGCCAAUCAGAGGAGAGGACUCACAUGUCUCUGUGCUGAUUGGCUGACGAUGGGUUUUUUUUUCUGCUGGCUUCAAAAUGUUUCAUGUUUUUGUUUUUUUUUGUUUUUUGAAUAAAAUAAAAAUAAUAGUUAACGCUUAGCUUAGCUCGUUAGCUCAUUAGCUCGUUAGCUUAACGAGCUCGUUGAGUCUGAGUGACAGCUGUCAAUCAAACGGCAGCGGAGCGACGUCAUCGUUCAGUUUCCUGUUUCAACGUUUUUCAGACGUUUUUUUUUUUCUUGAUUUUUACGAGAAAAAAAAGCGUAAAUAAUUAUAAAAUAAAUAAUUUCUGAUUUGCGUUAAAAGAAACUUUAUUGACGUCGUUUAUUUGAACAGAACAAAUAUUUUCUCCUGUUUGUGACGUUCAGUAAAUUAAUUAAACAUUCAGAUCCUGAUGAAGACGACGAUGAAGACGAUGUCGCGUCGUCACAUUCAGGAGGAAAUAUUUCUUCGUAUUAAAUGUACGAACAGUUUUGAUUGUCGCAGCUUUAGCGUAAAAAACAAAAACAUGAAAAGAUUUCAGCCAAUCAGGAGACGGCCCUCGUGAGGAGGCGGAGCUUGUGAAGAGGCGGAGCUCGUGAGGAGGCGGAGCUCGUGAUUGGCUGAUCUGUUUUUUUGUCUUUAAAUAAAUAAAAAUUUAAAAAAAGGAAAAAAAAA